CAUAGUCAGCCAUGCUGGUCUCAGACCCUCCUUUACUGCUGUGGCUGCUGCUGGUCUGUUUGCCCACAAGCCUUUGGAGCUGCCUACAUUGUGAUAAAAAUUUCAAGACGAAUCUGGCCAAGCUCCGAGCUGAGGUUGUGGAACGCCAAAUCCAUGACACGCGCCUCAAGGCACGAGCCAGCUUGCUCCUCAGAGGUCUUGAGGAGGAUUUCUUCCUGCACUAUGCCACCAGCCAGUUUUCAGGCUUUGCAGUUAAAGCCAAAGUGGAUGAUCUGAUCAAGAAGGUGCGGUCAAAAACAGGAGGUCUGCUUCAAACCUCUCUGAAAGACCAAGCUCUCUUGGAAGAAUUAGUUGCAUUCCGGAAGGAAACCACAAUGAAACUCAAAGUGGCAUUAAAGGAACACCAAACACAAGCUUGUGACCCAAAAACCUGUGUCUGGCUCCGAUACAAAGUGUUUGACUGCAGAUACUGCCAAGAGACCAGUGCUGUUUGCUUGACACAGAGUCAGUGUUUUGUUGAUUCCCAGGACCGUGUGUCCCUUCGCUAUGGGGCCCCGCUGCAGGAACCAAAUAUUGCCCGAAACGGAGUUGCGAUUGUCUUGUCAAUGGGUGCACUGCUAUUCCUGGUGAUUAUAGGCGUGAUUAUUACAUACUGGAGAAACCGGAUGUUCGAGUACGUUUAGCUGAGAUCUGCCCUCUUCGCACCUCUAAAGGACAUCUGAUAGAAAAGGUCCUCUUUAACUUCCACCUUGUGAAGUUUAGGAUUCGGUCCACGUAACCUUACAACAACCUCUGAAAUUGCUUUUCUACCCAGAAAAAUGUUUCCUCUUCUAACCCACUCAUCUUAUCCUCUCUUCCUCUCCCUAUCCCUGGACAUCCCAUAAUAAACCCCAAAAAACUCCUCAAUUGUGUAUUUGCCCCAUCUUUGUUGUAUCUGCAAAGAUCUGGCGAUAACUAUGCCUAUUUCCCUCCAGCCAAAGAACCCAGGUGUCCAGGCAUUCAGACCCCACUCCGAACAAUAUUCUAUACUUACACAGUACUCUAAUCCACUGUGCCCUGCUUCUCUCUCAGGGUGCUUCCUGAUGACAAUUUGUUUGAUAGUCAACACUGAUUAUUGACAGGGAUUUUAUGGGGUGUCUACAUGAUGUUGCCAUUCCACUAUUCCCACAAAACAUCUGUUACUUUUAUUGCUCAGACUGACUUGAAAAAGCUAAUGGAACAACUUGUGUGAUGAGCAGACAUGUAGACUGAUGCACGGAAGAGCUGAUUCACAAGCCAGACCCCCACCCCACCCCACUUCCACACACUGACCACACUUUUGCCAUUUUACUUCCAGUCAUUUCCCUUUGCAGCGUUUUUUUCUUUUUUAAUCAAGGACAUAUAUUGCUGUUGCGGUCUUCUGCCCUCCCCACUAUUUUUAUUGUGAAACCACAUUGUUCUCCUUGAUGCAUAGAAACCACACCAUCCAGGAUCCUGAUUUUCUACAUAGUUGCCAUUUCAGUGACUUGUGGGCGCAGGGGUAUCUGAAAAACUAAAACAAAGAAGAACUGGAAAACCUUAACAGUAACUAUUUAUUUGUUUAUUUGUUUAGUCUAUGUUUGUUAUGCUAUUUACACACAGUCUACAAGAUGUUAUUGACUGGAUUUGGUACUUUAAUUAUCGGGCCCUUUCCAAGGGUCUCUAGGAUAACUAAAGAAGAAUUAAAUAUAUCGUUGUAGUAUUCGUGCUGUCCUGAGUAGUGUGGCCUUCUAUAGUUGAUGAGUUGUAAUUUUAUUGAUGCCCAAGGUGUGUUACUAAUUAAUUAAAUUAAAUUAAAUUAUAUCAUCAUCA